AUGAAUCCACCAAUGCCCCCCUCAAUUGGACCAUCUCAGUUUGCCUCCUCUCAAGGAGCUUCUGUUGAGGUGCUUCACACAGGACUGAAUGUUGCAGACGCAAAUGUCGUAUCCACCGCAACCUCAGGAGAUAAUAUUGCCCAGAGUAGUAGCAAAAGUGCGUCAGAAACUGUGCCGUUAAGUCAACCUGUUCGAACUAACGGAAAAUUUAACAACCCCUGGGACACAUGGAAAGACGCUAUCACCAACAUGAAGGCUGCAUACUACCUUUACACUAGACGCGCAGACGAGGGUAAUAGCCCCUCCCCAUCAGAUCCGCAACUUGACAUUCACCUGCCAAUCAAAAAGCCAACUUUUGGUCCAGGCUUUUCGGAUAAUCCCUCAUCUGGAGUCCGAGCAACCUGGAUAGGCCAUGCGUCGGUCCUCUUUAACGUCGACGGAGCAAACAUCCUCUGUGACCCAAUUUUUAGUCGGCGCUGCUCUGCUGUCCAGAUGAUUGGCCCAAUUAGAUACAGGCCUCCUCCCUGUAAGGUUUCAGACCUGCCACCUCUGGAUGCGGUGGUAAUCUCACACAACCACUUUGAUCACAUGGACGUCAACACAAUUAUCGAGGUUGGAAAGCACUCACCUAACGCACUCUGGUGUGUCCCCUCGGGCUGCAAGAAAUUCAUCGAAGAUACCUUGCGUCCAAAGAAAGGUGCAAAAAAUCCUGCACCGAAUGCGUGGGAGGCCCUCUGGUGGGAAGAAAUUACCCUGAAACAGAAGGAGGGUGCAAGUGGUCCCGUAAAAAUUGCUUUUACGCCGACUCAGCACUGGUCCGGCCGCAUGAGUUAUUUCCAAUUUUUUUCGAGUCUGUGGGGCAGUUGGGCGAUAAUUGGACCACAUCACCGAGCCUGGUUUGCUGGGGACACUGGCUAUUGUGCCGCUUUCAAGGAGAUUGGCGCCAAAUAUGGACCAUUUGAUGUGGCAGCUAUUCCAAUCGGUGCUUACAAACCAAGGUACGCCUUGCAGUAUCAGCAUAUAGAUCCAGUCGAGGCCGUCAAAGUUCAUCAAGACGUCAAAGCUAAGUACUCAAUUGCCAUUCACUGGGGAACCUUUGCGUUAGGCCACGAGGCAAGUUAUUUUCAUGUCUGUCUACUGUAA